CGUUUCCAAGUAAUUAACAAACUACUCAUGGAAGUGACCUUCCGCGACGAGGACACGGCGGCAUUGGUGGCAAUGCUGGAUGUGCGUCUGCAGCGCAAGUCCCGUCGCAACAUCCAAAAGAAGGCAUACUACCGCCAGGACAAGCAAGUGCACACGUAUCUCAAGACCCGCGCGAGCGAACUGGAAGCAGAGCUGGGUCGCCUCUCCCGCCUGCCUCGGUCGAGUCUGGUGUCGUGGCAGGACACUGCGACAGGGCUCCACGACGGCGCUGUCGAGUCACUACAUCACAAUCGCAUGCUCAAGAAACGCCUUCGCGAAUACCACACGCUCACGGUGCUGUUGCGGGACAUGGUCAACUCGACCGUCGUUCAGAGCUCCCCAACCGGGACAUGGCUUGCUUCGAACCUCCGCCUCCACCGCGUACGUCUACACGCCCAUCCCGAAGCUCGACGGCACGGCCUGGACUGGCUCACCCAAGUGAUGUACCACAACACCGACCAGCUGCUGGAAAAGUACGCGUUCCCUUCUCGAACGCCAUAUUCCCGACUCGCCGAUAUCACCGUGGACACGUCCCAUCCCGACGCUCUCAACUACAUCCAGCGAUACCAGCUGGAACUGAACUUGCCGCUGGAAUGUGCGCUUCCACUUGCGAAAUCGUACUUUCAAUCUGGCGCUUCGUUGGAGCAACUGGAAGUGCACUACAAAGUCAAACAGUUUCUGGACGUUGAGGCCACGUCGAGCUUAUCCGACUCCAUGACAUACGAUGUCGUGAUCGACUUGACGGCACACACCCAGGCCGGCACGACUCGGCUGUGUCGGAUCUUUCAAGAAGACAAUCGGUGCAUUUUGGUCACGCAGAACAUUCCCGACGAUGAAAAGCUGCCAUCAAAGAACACUGACAGCAAGAGUCUGACCUGGGUGGUCUUGGAGCGGGUGGCGCCGACAAUCACCAUCAUGCGGUGCUUGUUUGUCGUGUCGCAGAGCUUUACCCAGCGGACGGGCGAGUUUGUGUCGUUAGAAGACGAAGCCCAACUCGACUGGCACGUGAACUUGCGUCGAGUUCCCGUGGAUUUGCGCCUAGAUACGUUUUGCCGACACGUGCACUUGCUGGGAUAUCGCAACAUUCAAUCCCGCGACCACGACUUUGCCAGGCUGUUUCACUGUGAGAUUUAAUAUUGCACUGGAUAUUUUGGCUGGCGUAAUAUUGCAGUGUUCAAUCGUUCAACAAACCAAACUAACUACACAGUGUAUUAUUCCACUCUAGUCGGG